GGCGGAAGCAGUCAGGUGACUCGAGUCAUGCGAUCGGUGGGCCGGCGGCUUCCUUUCUUCUAUUUCCUCGCUUUGCUGCUUUGCCAUGCUUGCUCUGACUUUGUUUCACCUCCUGGCAGCAGGAUUUGGAUCCCCGAUUACAUCCCAGAGAAGCUUUGAGAUUGAUUAUGCUCGCAACUGCUUCCUCAAGGAUGGGAAACCAUUCCGCUACAUCUCAGGCAGCAUCCAUUAUUCCCGGAUUCCCCGUUUCUACUGGAAGGACCGUCUCCUGAAGAUGAAAAUGGCAGGCCUUGAUGCUGUUCAAACGUAUGUUCCAUGGAACUUUCAUGAACCUGAGCCAGGAGUUUACAACUUCACUGAUGACAGAGAUCUGGAAUAUUUCCUGAAACUUGCUGAUGAGAUUGGCUUGUUGGUCAUAUUGAGAGCGGGGCCUUAUAUAUGUGCAGAAUGGGACAUGGGUGGUCUACCUGCCUGGUUAUUAGAAAAAGAAUCUAUUGUCCUUAGAUCUUCUGAUUCAGACUACUUAGCAGCUGUGGGAAGAUGGAUGAGGGUCUUACUACCAAAGAUGAAAUUUUACCUUUAUCAGAAUUGGGGCCCAAUUAUUAUGGUGCAGGUUGAAAAUGAAUAUGGAAGUUACUUUGCGUGUGAUUUUCAUUACCUUCGUUAUCUUAAGAACCUUUUUCGCCAGUACCUUGGGAAUGAAGUAGUCCUGUUUACAACAGAUGGUGCAACCAAGGUUUUUUUGCGCUGCGGAGCUCUUCAAGGCCUUUAUUCAACGGUGGAUUUUGGACCAGGUACCAAUGUCACUGCAGCAUUUUCAGCUCAGAGACUAACUGAGCCUCAAGGCCCCUUGGUCAAUUCUGAGUUCUAUACUGGUUGGUUAGAUCAUUGGGGCCACCCUCAUAAUGCUAUACCAUCAUCAGUCGUAGCUAAAACUCUUAGUGAAAUCUUGGCACAUGGAGCUAAUGUUAACCUUUAUAUGUUCAUAGGAGGAACUAAUUUUGGCUACUGGAAUGGAGCCAAUACACCAUAUAUGGCACAGCCUACUAGCUAUGAUUACGAUGCCCCACUGAGUGAAGCAGGGGAUCUCACAGAGAAGUAUUUUGCACUCAGAGAAGUCAUUGGCAUGUACAAGGACUUACCAAAGGGGCCUAUACCUCCAACAACUCCCAAGUUUGCCUAUGGAGAAGUUAAACUGAUGAAGGUUGGCAUGGUGACUGAACUUCUGAAUGAUCUUUCACCUUCUGGACCAAUUAAAAGCAUAUAUCCUUUGACAUUUGUUCAACUAAAGCAGUACUUUGGAUACGUAUUAUACAGAACGAAGCUAUCAAGGAACUGUAGUAAGGAAAUUCUCUUUUCACUUGAUGCCAUUCAUGAUCGGGCCUACGUCUCCGUGGAUGGGAUUCCUCAGGGGAUUCUUGAAAGAAACAAGUUGUUAAAGCUAAACAUAACUGGGAAUGCAGGAGCCAAUCUGGAUUUGUUGGUAGAAAAUAUGGGUCGAGUAAAUUAUGGACGAUACAACAAUGACUUCAAGGGCCUGAUUUUGAAUUUAACUCUUGCUCAAGAUAUCCUUCUUGACUGGGAGAUAUAUCCCCUGGACAUUGACAGAGCAGUGCAAGAGGGCUUCAGUCCUAAGAUAUCUGGAAAAAAAGCAUCUGCAUAUGAAGAGCCUAGUUUUUAUACUGGGAAUUUUUCCAUUCCUAGUGGAAUUCCAGAUUUGCCUCAGGACACCUACCUCAAAUUUCCAGGGUGGACAAAGGGACAAGUCUGGAUCAAUGGCUUUAAUUUAGGACGCUACUGGCCAGCCCGUGGCCCUCAGUUAACAUUGUUUGUUCCUAGCAACAUUCUUGUUUCAUCUUCUCCAAAUAAUAUUACCAUUCUGGAGCUGGAGAAGUCUCCUUGUGGCACCCAGAAUUGUUUGGUGGAAUUUGUAGACAAACCCAUCCUCAAUGGAACUCUUCUUUAUGAAAGCAGUUCUGAGAAGCUGUUCUCCAAAGAUUUGUGGUUGGGCCCUAUAUAAUUCUGCUGGAUUUAUUGACUGUUGAGACUAUCAAAAUAUUCAGAUUCAAAUGGUUGGUUAGUGGUAGGAAGUGUUAUGUUUUAAGAGAUUUUAACUCCAUGAAAAUGAACAAGCAUAUUCUGUGCUUUUAAAAUAGUCAUCUGACACUGGUGAAAUCCCAAUUAUAUUUAAUUGAUUUUUCCACAUAUUAAAUUAAGAGGAUAAUUUCUUAAAGCUUGUCUGGGUGUUAUUUUAUCACCCAAAUUUAACUGGAUAUUCCUAGACAUGCCAGACUGUUUUAUCCUUGUACCAUUGUAGCUUUUCAGCAUAAACAUGUUUGGUUCUGGAAUACGUUAGUGCUUUUAUAUGAUGUCUGUCUGUGUUAGAACUGAUGAAAUUAUUAAUACUGCACCCAUCACUGUUCCCCUGCCUCAUAAAAGUCUGAAAAUAAAUGUAAAGUUGCCAAAAUGACAAUGCACAACCAAGUUAGUACAAAAUCCUUAAUCACAAUACAAUAGUUGUUGGAGUCACUCUAAUUUUAUUAUUUUUUAAGAACAUAAAGUCAGUUAAUCAGGAUGCAGCCAUUCUGGAGAAUUCUUCAAAUAGUUUACCUGUUCAUGAUGAUCUAGUAGAUUUCUGGAAGUUAACUGUCUGAAUCAAAAGCAGUUCAUGAUGUUCCAGACAUGGCUACAGCCCUGAAACUAGCAGUGGCAAAACCAUUUUUAUAUAUGGGCAUGUUAGUCACCAGGAAUCAAGCUUGCCUUAAGGAAAUUCUGUUGCACAUCAUUGUGAAUCACCCUCCCCAGUUUCUACUGGUGAUCCCUAUACUAUGUACACAGGACACUGUGUUAUGGAAGCUGUUUUACACCUUAUAUGGAUGUUGUUUAUUUGUGGGGGAAAUUUGGGGAAAAUUUAAUUUACACCAAAAGCUGAUUUUAUCCAGAUUUAUUAUUUGAUUGCUCCAUUGUUCUUUGACUUCCAUUCUUUUUUUCCACAAUAGCUUCAAAGGAAUUUAUUUGUUCUACUCUGACAGCCAAAAGUAAACAGGAUUUGUAGCACAGCAUAAAAUGCUAACAGCUCCCUCUGUGCCAUCUCUCACUGUUCCCUCUUGUCCUCCAUUAAAGUAAAUAAAACAGUUGCUUGCAAAAA